AUGAUUAAGAUUCGUAAACCACAGAUUGGUCGUAGCCACAUGGAGGGAUUUUCCUUCCGUCCUGGUAUUUGGAAACUCCUCUCUGGCGGGUUACGAACUAAGAUGUCUCACAAAUGCAACCAUAUGUUGAGACAAAGACAAAAGGAACAAAAGAAAAAGUCUUCUACAGUUGAUACACAAACCAAGGAAGGCGCUCCUGGGAAUACAACUGAGGGGACCGACCAACAGCCAGAGUGCCUGAAACACGUUGGCGAUGCUGACAUCUUAGAACCAUUAGCGAACCCCAAACUGAAAAGACUGGUAGAACGAAAAGUGACUUCCAAAAUACCAAUUGAUGAUAGAAUUGACUAUAGAGAUAGUAUAACUGGAAGUAAUAACCACCAACGAUAUUGUUUACAUCAACGUGCAGAGAAAUGUUCCAUAUUCCAAAAGCCUUCCAGAUGUUGUGGAGCCCGCAGCCCUAGUUUGACAAACAUUAUAAACAUGUCUAUUACAGUGAAAGCAUAUUUGCAGACUGCCGACGACAGUCAAAAAAUUCGUCGAUUUGCUGUGGAUCAGGGUGAAUCUACAAGCUACGAGUACCUGUCUACAAAAAUUACGCAGGUGUUCCCAUCUAUUGGAAGAUCGGAUUCGUUCACACUCUCGUACAGAGAUACCGAGGGUGACUUGGUCGCUUUCUCCAAUGAUACUGAAUUGGCCGACGUUCUAGGCCAACUCAAUGAAGGUAUCUUGAAAGUCUACAUACAUCCAUAUGGUUUGUCGUCUGUUAAACAUUUACCCACUGCAGGGAGAAAACAUCCUAUUCUGGUCACUGUCAGUUAUCGCUACAAAUCUACCACGGAUAUCAAACUUUAUAUAAACAUGUCUAUUACAGUGAAAGCAUAUUUGCAGACUGCCGACGACAGUCAAGAAAUUCGUCGAUUUGCUGUGGAUCAGGGUGCAUCCACAAGCUACGAGUACCUGUCUACGAAAAUAACACAGGUAUUCCCAUCUAUUGGAAGAUCGGAUUCGUUCACACUCUCGUACAGAGAUAGCGAGGGUGACUCGAUCACUUUUUCCACUGACAAAGAAUUGGAAGACGUUGUUGGCCAACUCAGUAAAUAUAUCUUAAAAGUCUACAUACGUCUGACUGGUAAAAAGUAUCACAAGAAAGUACAUUAUCCUCGAAUAAUGUGUGAUGGGUGUGAAAACCGAAUUGUUGGACCACGUUUCAAGUGUGUUGUGUGUCCUGGUUAUGAUCUGUGUAAAGGAUGUGAGGAGAAAGGACUUCACCCAGAUCAUGAGAUGAUUAAGAUUCGUAAACCACAGAUUGGUCGUAGCCAUAUGAAGAGAUUUUCUCGUCCUUGUAUCUGGCGACUUCUCUCUGGUGGGUUUCAACAUAAGGUGACUCCCAAAUGCAAUAAUAAGUGGGGACAAAGGCAAAAUAUACUAGAGGAAACGCGUCCGGCUAAUGAUACACCAACCGAGGAGAAUGUUCCUGAGAAUACAACUGAGGGGAUCAACCCACAUCCGAAGUGUUUGAAACACGUUGGUGAUGCUGACAUCUUAGAACCAUUAGCGAACCCCAAACGGAAAAGACUUCUACAACGAAAAGCUGUUUUCAAAAAGCCAACUGAUGUUAGAAAGAACUAUGGAGAUAGUAAGACUGGAGAAAAUAACCACCAAAGACAUCGUUUAAACCAACCUGCAGGGAAAUGUUCAACAUUCCAAACAUCUCCCAGAUGUUGCAGAGACCGCAGCCGCAGUAUGAUAAACAUGUCAACCCAACUAAAAAAAUUCCGACAAGAACAGCAAAUAAAGCGGUGCAGACGCAGACUUUCGCUAAGACCUUUCAGAGGCCACAAAUGGAAUAACCAAAGAAUACUGCUUAAAACAGCACCAUUCUCUGACGCUGAGCUAUACAAAAAAUUCCACCCAUCACAGAAAGUCACAAUGCCUAUGAGAAACUCUACCACUAUGACAAAACCAUCCAAACCACACCGAAGCGUUGAUCCCAAUAUGAAGUCCAUACCAACGUGUGCCUCUGAUGGUAAACAAGUCAAAAGAUUGCACCAAUCACGACGCAUGUGGCAUAACAUAGGGAGAUGUAGAUCAACUGGUGGUAAAAAGUUCAAAAGACCCGAUCAAGCACAACCAGUGAGACAUCACACAAGAUGUUCCACAAUGACAAAACCAUUCAGAGAUCACCAAAUCAAAAUUCAGAAGAUGACACCAAACCCUAUAUGUGUCUCCAGUGGUAAACGAUUUAAAAGGUCUCACCAAGUGCAGCAACUGAAAAACCUGAAAGAAAGAUUUUCCCCGGUCCUAGGACCAUUCAGAAGUCGAGUCAUUCGUCCCGUAAUACCCAACCAAACCUGUGUCUCCGGUGGUGGGCAAUUCAGAAGAUUUCAACAAAUGCAUUGUCCUAGAAGAAUGGCAAUGUUCAUUGCACAGAAUAAACAUUUAUCCUCAAAUAUAUCUCCUAGAAUGAAACAUAGUAAAGGUUUUGAUGUUGAUGUAGAUCACCAUGGUAUGCGUGAACGUUUUUGGAUGAAACAAAACCGUGGACAUCCAUGCGGAAGAGGUCCGCAUGGUUCUAACGGGAUUGGUUGUCAUCGUUGUCAAUGUUACAAAGCUCAAAGAGAGGCUCAAGCUACUGCUAAAUAG